AUGGCGUCCUGCUCGGCGCCGGUGCCGAUCUGCCAGCGCUACGUGGCCAGGGCGCCCGCCAUGCGGCGCGGCCCCCUCCCCGAGGCCUUGGCCCGAUCGGCGAGGAGAUCUUCCGGCAGCAGGGAUCGCCGGACGGUGAUCGUGCUCGGCGUGGCAACGAAGCCCGCAGAGACGAAGUCGAAGAAGGAUGCGGCCAAAGGGGGGGAGGCGAAGGGGGAGACGCUGUCCCCGGACGUGGCGCGCGACCUGUACUACGACAUGUAUCUGGGGCGCGAGUUCGAGGAGAUGUGCGCGCAGAUGUACUACAGGGGCAAGAUGUUCGGCUUCGUGCACCUGUAUUCGGGCCAGGAGGCUGUCUCCACGGGGGCGAUCCGGCUGCUGCGGCCGGACGAUUACGUGUGCUCGACGUACCGGGACCACGUGCACGCACUGAGCAAGGGCGUGCCGGCGAGGGAGGUGAUGGCGGAGCUGUUCGGCAAGCAGACGGGCGUGUGCAGGGGCCAGGGGGGAUCUAUGCACAUGUUCUCCAGGAAGCACAACUUCCUGGGAGGCUUCGCCUUCAUUGGGGAGGGCAUCCCUGUGGGCCUGGGCGCUGCUUUCCAGACCAAAUACCGAAGGGAAGCCCUUCAAGAUGAGAGUGCUGAUCAGGUGACGCUGUCCUUCUUUGGCGAUGGCACAUGCAACAAUGGCCAGUUUUAUGAAUGCCUCAACAUGGCUGGCCUGUACAAGCUUCCACAUAUCUUCAUGGUGGAGAACAACAAAUGGGCCAUUGGGAUGUACCACGAUCGGGCAACGGGGCCAUCUUUUGGUGACAAUGUUCCCAACAUCUACAAGAAAGGCGAGCCCUUUGGCAUGCCUGGAAUCCAUGUCGAUGGAAUGGACGUUGUGAAGGUUCGUGAGGCGGUCGCCACUGCAGUGGCAAGGGCUCGUCGUGGGGAUGGCCCCACCCUGAUCGAGUGCGAGACGUACCGCUUCCGAGGCCAUUCCCUGGCCGACCCAGACGAACUGAGGACCAAGGAGGAGAAGGAGCGAUACGCCAAGCGGGAUCCCAUCCCUGCAUUCCGCAAGUAUGUGCUGGACAACAAGAUCCUGAUGGAGGCCGAGCUCAAAGACAUUGAGCAACAGGUGGUGGAAUGCGUGGAGGACUCUGUGCAGUUCGCUGAAGCCAGCCCCAAGCCGGAGAAGGGCCAGCUACUGGAAAACGUGUUUGCGGACCCGAGAGGAUUUGGCACCGCUCCAGAUGGGGGUUACCGAUACGAACAGGCUGGGUUUACAUCUGGAACGGCACAGGUGUCAUAG